AUGGCAGGACUGAAAAAAUUUCAUGCUAAGGAGAUCAAUCUGGGGCCUCGAGAGAAAGAGAAGGCCAGGGUGACCUUCCAGCCCAGCCCUCAUUAUGGAAGAACACCCUUGCCCUGCAUGAGAUUUAUUAGUCACAUGAAGAAUUUCUCUGAUGCUAAUAAACUUAAUAAUCUACGUUUUCUACAAUUCCCGGUAUUUCCAGAAAGGACUCGAGGUCCAAUUGCAUGUAAAAGACUACUUAAUACUACCCAGUACGUAAUCCCCAAGCUUACUGAGAACAUAGUUUGUUUGGAUGAAGAAAGCUAUCGAGAAGCCUGUCCCUCUCCUACUCCAUCCAGUGAGAUGGAUGAGAAUUCAUUGAAUGUCACUGUUGGAAAAAAUAAGAAGAAAACCAAAGAAAUCCCCAAGAAGGCCUGGAGCAGUCCAUAUUUGGAAAACCAAAUGGCAAAUAGGCCUCUUCGACCACCCUUACCAAAACCUAUCCACCUGGAGGCUGCAGCUUCCAACCAGAGGCCUUCCACUGCCAUUGGCCUCUGUGGCAAGAACCAGAUCCAUAGCACCCAGCAGAACACCAAGCGGACCUUGUCAGAACCCAAGCUAGAAGACAGUACAGAAGCCACACCCGGUGCUGGGACCUACCCAGAUCUCCACAGUGGGAACCUCGUGGCAACUGGACAUGCACUAGGGAAAGCCAAGGUUACCAUAGCACCAGAGAAGCUAGCCAAGCAUCCUCAGCAUCUUUAUCUCCAAGAGGAAGGGAGGCUGAAGGCAGACAUCCCCUUCCCAAGCAAUCUGGCAAUAGCACCCCUUCCUGUACUCCAGGGUGGGGCUUGUACCCAUUUUCCCUCCAAGAGGUUAAUACAGGUUUGCUCAGCAGCACACCCCCGCCCACGCCGGGGGUUCCAUAAGGCUUGUUCACGGGCUCUCCAAAGGCCUGUGGUGAAUGUGAAGAAUGCUCACUUGCUUUGA